CGUUUGUUUUGUUCCCUCAUUCUGCUUUAGGGAAAAAAAAUCAACGUGCCUUAGUUUUGAGGUCAAAAGUAUUUCCACAUUAUUGUGAUUAAACAAUAUACCGGCAAAAUGCCAGCCAAGUCAAAGCCUCGACUUUCGCGCGGUGUCCUGGACAUGAAGUUCAUGCAGCGCACAAAGGUCAAAGUGGAGAAGGAGGCGGACGAUGAGCAGAGUAGGGCACUGUACUCCAACGAGAUCAACCAGAAGAUGUUGAACUCCACCUCGAACUUCAUCGUGGAAUCCAGCUAUUCGAUAUGCGCCGGCCUGAUCGACGGACGCCUCAGUUUUCGCGGCAUGAACCCCGAACUGGAGCUGCUAAUGGAACAGGAGCUGGCGGAGAAGCAGGGCCGCACAAAGCCGGAGCAGCCCAAGGAGGUCUCCGACCAGGACAUGGCCAAGGCCUACUAUGCCAACAAGGCGCCCACGGUGGCCGGCAGCAUGGGCAAGAAGUUCAGCACCAAAAAGGACUUUAAAAGAAAAAACAACGGCAACGAGAACGGCAGCCCGCAUCCCAAGAAGAAACAGCAAUUCAAGAAACCGCGCUCGGAUGACGAUUAGUUUACUCCAUAGUUGUUACACACUGACCUAGCUACUAGUUAAAUAAAAUAAUCGAAUUCAAUUGGA